AUGGGGAAUGGGGAAACCUAUCAAUGGGCCGCAACGACGAUUUUGCAUGACCUUAUCCAUGAUAUUGUGGAGGUCUAUGUUGAUGAUAUGAUUGUCAAAAGUCAUGAUCGUGAGACGCACCUUGAUGCUUUAAAAUCAUUCUUCGAUAGAAUCAGGAAAUACAAUCUGAGAUUGAAUCCUCAGAAAUGUGUAUUUGGAGUAACUUCGGGAAAACUUUUAGGCUUCAUCGUAAGUCAAGACGGAAUUAAGGUCAAUUCUGUCAAGGUAAAGGCCAUACAAGAGCUUCCUCCGCCAAGGACAGAAAAGGAGAUUCGGGGAUUUCUUGGUAGAAUUCAAUAUAUUAGUAGGUUCAUAUCGCAAUUGACAACUCGGUGUGAACCUAUAUUCAAGUUACUUAAGAAAAAUGUUCCUACAAAAUGGAAUGAUGAAUGCCAAGCCUCAUUUGAUUCAAUGAAAGAAUAUCUCUCCAAUCCUCCGGUUUUAAUGCCGCCGAAACCAGGGCAGCCCUUGAUAUUAUAUCUUACUAUUACGGAAACAGCCAUGGGAGCUCUUUUAGCACAAUACCAAGAGGAAAGAGCUUGCAUUGCCCUUAUUUACGUGACAAAGAAGCUUCGACAUUAUUUGCAAGCACAUACUACUUAUCUGGUUUCAAGGUUAGAUCCAAUCAAGUACAUUUUUGAGAAACCAGUCUUGAGUGAAAGAAUAGCAAGGUGGCAUGCGAUAUUAUCAGAAUUUGACAUUCAGUGCGUGAAUCAAAAGUCUGUCAAAGGGAGGGCUAUAUCUGAAGCUUUGGCUGAUGGACCUAUAUCGGGUGAUGAAUUUGAUGAUGAUUUUCCAGAUGAACAUAUUUUCUGUCUUAGUACGUCACAGUGGAAGAUGUAUUUCGACGGAGCCUCAAAUAGAAGGGGAAAUGGUGCAGGGGUAUUAUUGAUCGAUCCUUAUGGAGUACAUAUUCGUUUUACUAUGAAGCUUAGUUUCCUAACGACGAAUAACACGGCUGAAUAUGAAGCCUGCAUCUAUGGAAUCAAAGCAGCAUUAACAGCUGGUGCAAAGAAUCUCACGGUGUACGGUGAUUCUUUUCUCAUAAUUUCCCAGACUAUUGGAGCUUGGAAAGUUCGGGACGAAAGGUUGCAAAUGUACACGGAGUAUCUUCGACAAUUUAUCCCAUUCUUUGAAGAAAUAGAGUUCAAACAUAUCCCUCGCGAACAAAACAGUUUCAAUGAUGCUUUGGCAAAUCUGGCGGUAAAUUUAACUUGGGACGAUGAUGUGAAGGUACAGUCAGUAACAAUUGUAGAAAAAGAAAUUCCCGUGGUUAAUUUUGAACCAACAAUUUCUUUAUUGACCCAAGAAGAUAAUGAGGAUGCUUGGUAUACUGAUGUUAAGAAGUAUUUAAUCAAUGGAGAAUAUCCUAAAGGAAGUCACAAGAAGGAUCAGUUGGCUAUUCGAAGGCUAGCUUCCCAUUUCACAAUAUCGAAAGGUUUGUUGUAUCAUAAAAGUUUCGAUGGAAAUUUGCAAUUAUGCAUCGAUGGGGAGCGGACACAAAGGAUCAUGGAAGAGGUACAUCGGGGAGAAUGUGGACCUCAUAUGAAUGGACGAAUGCUUGCUCGGAAGAUUCUGCGAGCAGGAAUUUCCAUUCGAACACCAACUGGGACUACUCCAUAUUCUUUGGUAUAUGGAAUGGACCCGCUUCUUCCAAUCGAAACGGAGAUUCAAUGGCUUCGCGUAAUGAAUGAAAGUGAGAUAUCUGAAGAACAAUGGUUUAAAGAACGAUAUGAUGAACUUUCUUUGGCAAGUGAACGAAGGUUACAAGCCCUUCAAAACAUUCAAAUUUAUCAAAGACGCAUUGCUUAG